CCCAGGGAGGAGGGCAGAACUGCAAAGGAGAUGACAGAAAACUGGCUUUCUCCUACUUCUUUCCAAGCUCACAGUGAGCACCUUUGCUUCACUGAAGGACACAGGGUUCCUUAGCCCAGCCCAGGGUGUGCCGUCCAGUCUGGGCUCUGUGGCUUCUGCAAGAGAGAGCAUGGCUGGGCGUUGGGUGCUGCUUCUAGUGGGCUCCCUUCUCCCUGGGAUCCUGCUUUCAGAGGCUGCGGAAAUCCUGACAAUGUCUACACUGGGUGGAAGCCAUUAUCUGCUGAUGGGCCGGGUCGCUGAGAUUCUUCAAGAUCAUGGUCAUCAUGUCACCAUGCUUCGUCAGGGAGGAAAUUCUUUAAUAUCAGAUUUUAAAGAGGAAGAAAAAUCAUACCAAGUUAUUAGUUGGUUUCCACCUGAAGACUAUCAAAAGGAAUUUGAAAAGGUUUCAAGUUUGUUUGUGGAAGAAGGUUACAAUGAAAGGAAAAUGUUUCAAAACUAUUUAAAGCUUGUGGAACAACUGGGAUUUCAGUGCAGUCAUUUGCUAAACAGAAGGGAUAUCAUGGAUUCCUUAAAGAAUAAGAACUUCGACCUGGUGAUAGUUGAAAGUUUUGACUACUGCCAUUUCCUGAUUGCUGAGAAGCUUGGCAAGCCAUUUGUGUCCAUUCUUCCUACCACAUUUGGCACUGUGCACUUUGGGCUCCCAAACUCCUUGUCUUAUGUUCCAGUAUUCCAUUCCUCCUUAACUGACCACAUGGACUUCUGGGGCCGAGUGAAGAACUUUCUGACUUUCUUUACUUUCUCCAGGAGGCAAUGGCAAGUUCAGUCUAUGUAUGACAACAUCAUUAAGGAGCAUUUCCCAGAAGGCUCGAGGCCAGUUCUGUCUCAACUCCUACUGAAGGCAGAGCUGUGGUUUGUUAACUCUGACUUUGCCUUUGACUUUGCCCGGCCCCUACUUCCCAACACCGUUUAUGUUGGAGGCUUAAUGGCCAAACCCACCAAACCAGUACCACAAGACUUGGAGAACUUCAUUGCCAGGUUCGGGGACUCUGGUUUUGUCCUUGUGGCUAUGGGCUCCGUAGUGAACAUGAAUACCUUACAGGAAGUCCUUAAGGAGAUGAACAGUGCCUUUGCCCACCUCCGCCAAGGGGUGAUAUGGAAGUGUAAGCAUUCUCACUGGCCCAAAGAUGUCAACGUGUCCACAAAUGUGAAACUCAUGGACUGGCUUCCUCAGAGUGACCUCCUGGCUCACCCCAGCAUCCGUCUGUUUGUCACCCAUGGCGGGCAAAAUAGUAUCAUGGAGGCCAUCCGGCAUGGGGUGCCCAUGGUGGGCAUCCCUGUUUUUGGAGACCAGCUAGAAAACAUGGUCCGAGUAGAAGCCAAAAAUCUUGGUGUCUCUAUUAAUUUAAAGGAGCUGAAGGCAGAGACAUUGACUCUUAAGAUGGAACAAGUCAUGGAAGACAAGAGGUACAAGUCUGCAGCAGUGGCCGCCAGUGUCAUCAGACGCUCCCACCCCCUGACCCCCGCCCAGCGGCUGGUGGGCUGGAUCGACCACAUCCUGCAGACAGGGGGCGCUGCGCACCUCAAGCCCUAUGCCUUCCAGCAGCCCUGGCAUGAGCAGUACCUGCUGGAUGUCCUCCUGUUCCUGCUGGGGCUCACUCUGGGCGCCGUGUGGCUUUGUGGGAAGCUGCUGAGGGUGGUGUCCAGGUGGCUGUGUGGGGCCAGGAAGCUGAAGGAGACUUGAGGCCGAGCACAGUCCUUGGAGACGGGUGUGUUUGGUGGGCACAAUCUCCAUUUCCUGGGGGCUUCCCAUCAGUUCUGGCAAACCUGUUCUCCACAUCACAUCCAUUUGCUAAUUUGCUACAGAUUCCACCUCACGGGCUUUGUCCUGUUAGCAGAAUCUUUACCAAGGACUUAUGUCCUUUAAACACCAGUCAGCAAGGGCUGUGCUGUGAUUCUAUCUCUGUGUGAUUUGGACCAUUUACCCUCAGAUUUCCAGUCACCAGGCCCACUUGCCCUCUCAUGCCCCUCUGGGCAUCACUAAGCCUGACCAUGACAGCUUCCAUGUCUAGACCUCAGCGUCUUGCCCUCACUCCUGUCAGCACUUGUCAGGGAUUAUCUUUGCAUAUUUUCCCUUGUCUUUGCUGCUCCUGCACACUCAGGGCUCAGGAAGCCUGUCCCAUGCAUAUGCAUUCAGGGUCAGGCACACCCUUGGAGAGCUUCACAUUUGGAACUUGCCUCUGGUGCCCACAGAUAGCUCCUUGUUGGCUGAUCAGGCAGGGAGACUGAGGGUUUUCAGAUUUCCAGGAAAGUAAAAGCUUUCACAGAAUAUUUCCCCUGCAACCCAAACACUGACCCACUGGUGAAGGGAUUUCUGUCCUAAUUGCCCAGACUUCCAUCAUCCGGCUGUCAAGAUUAUAAGGAAGCUGGAAAGUGUCUGCAUUGGCAGGUGACAAGGACAAAGGCAUCUGGGAGUUUCUUUGGGUAAUCCAACCUGUAGUGUCUGAAGAACAUGGAAAAUGGCCAAAUAAUACUCCAGAGUGAACAAUUUUCUGAUGUUUUUGUCUUGGCCUAUGUAUACACACCAAAGCAGCAAGCAAUCUCGGACAUGAGGGGAACACAGUCUUCUGUUUCUUGGUCACAGUCUCUGGCUGGGCCUGAGGAAGCACAUGGCACUGAGUUGGGCUCAAUGAAUUUCUGAGUGUUUUUGGAACCCCUAGAUAGGCAGAGGAGCAGGUGAUUUCAGUGUUGGAGCCCGAGCCCUUGAUCACUGUGUGGAUCAGAAGAGGGAAGGAAUCGUUGAACCAAGGCUGUGCUGGAACCAAGGACAACACAGCGAGGGCUGCAUGUUGUCACCAGCAGUGGGCACUAAGCCUUAGGUGCUAUAAGAAGGGUGAAAGCCUCCCUAUUUGUGGUUGUGUAGAAAUAUGAUUUCCAAAUGGAUUCUCUUUGGAGUCAGUCAGUCUGGCUCGGCAGUCAUCCAUAUAUAUGAUUUUGUAUUAAAUGAGUAGGAGGUAUGUAUCCAUGGCUAAAUUUCCCAUCAUGUAUAGAAGGAUGGGACUUUAGACUUACUGAUAGGGGCUAGAAUUCGCCUGAGCAAUCAUGCGUGGUGUGUUUUUUGCCAAGCCUACCCACAUGUUGGCUAACUCUCUUCCCUUUUGGCUGGCAUUAAGGUUUGGAAAAUGCUGAGGUGGGUGUCAGGAUGGAGGAAAUGGAGCAUGUCAGAAGGACUUUCUCCUUCUUGGGUGGCCACAAUCUGCAUGUGAUUACAUGCCAUAUGCACUAUAAAGAUCAACAAGAAGAAAAAAUUAAAAUUAAACUCAAAUAACUGAUAGCUUCCCAAAAGUAAAAAAAAUAAAUGUCAGAUUGCAAGAGAGCUAUCUCCCAAACUCCUAUUAGAAGGCUUUUUGGAGGCUAGUGAGUCCACAGAAUUCAGGUUGUGAAGCUGGUUCACCUGUGCACUGGGUACCCGUUUGCCUGAGCCAGUGAGACAGACACCCCUCCACAGAAGUUAGAUGAUGUGCGUUUAGUGGCCUGAAAUAUCCAAGUUUCCAAAGGAAGCCAAAACUAGAUGGACAGAAACAUAGAAUAAGUGGGAGAAAUGGAAACAUGAUAGAUUUAAAUAUACAUGCUACAAUUCAAAGGAAAGAUUGACAGACCUGAUUAACAAUAUGAAACUAAUUUUUAUGUCCAGAGACACAUCUAAAAUAUGAGGAUACAGGAGGGUUGCAUACAAAGUGAUAGGAGAAGAUAGGUCAUGAUAUAUUAAUAAAAAAUAAAAACUAGACAGUAUUAAUAUCAGAUAAAAUGAUUUUGGGUGAAAAGCAUUAUUAGAAACAAAAAUGGUGUUUCAGAAUAAAAAUUAACUGUUUCACUGGGAAAAUAAGGUACCUGAAACUAUAAUUGUCAGUGUGUAUGCAUCUAACAAUGUGGUCUUAAGUCUAUACAGCAAAUAUUGCCAUAAGAAGGAAAAAUAAAAUCAUAGUGGGAAAGUUGUAAAAAGAUUUUAAUGAAAAAUUUCAAACAUUUAUAAAAGUAGAACUUCCUCAUGCCCAACACUUAGCUUCCUACCCACUUCUCCUUUCUUUACAUUUACACCCACUUCUGAGCUUGCUUCCCCGGACCAAAUUAUUUUGAGCAAAUCCCAGACAUCGUAAGUGUUCAUCUGUAAAUACUUCAAAAUGUACCUUAAGAGACUUGAAUGUACUUACGGUACAUUCUUAAGAAAUAAGAAUUUCUUCUUAUGUUAUCAUGGUGGCAUAGAACUCUUCUACAAAGCAACUAAUGAGUAUUAUGAAAUUUUAUGUUCCAAUAUCACUGAUACUCCUAUGAUACUUUAGAGUUUGUUUGCAUCAUAGUAUCUAAAAUGUUGACACUUCUGAUACCUACCCCUUUCUAUCUGUUUCCUUGUUUCAUUUUUCCUAGUAGCUUUUGCCGUUAACAUAUUUUCUAAAAUGUGUUUAAAAUCUGUCUGCCCAGCAGA